AUGGAAGCAAUUCUGGAUAUUCAAGAAUUCCCUUUGAUCAUUGCAGUUGCUUUCAGUGGUUUGGCAAUCGCUUUGGCUGGCCUUUCUUUAUGGUAUCUUAGAGAGUAUGUCAGUUAUAGCAAAAAGAGAGCUUCCAAUCUCCCACCUUUACCUGAAGUACCAGGGCUACCGAUAUUAGGGAAUCUACUGCAACUGAAGGAGAAAAAACCCCACAUGACCUUUACGAAGUGGGCUCAGACUUAUGGACCUAUCUAUUCCAUCAAAACUGGAGCCAACACUAUCAUUGUCCUCAACUCCGUCGAAGUUGCCAAGGAGGCCAUGGUGACCAGAUUCUCCUCCAUUUCAACAAGAAAGCUAUCAAAAGCGCUAACGAUCCUCACUUCUGAUAAAACCAUGGUUGCCAUGAGUGACUACAAUGAGUUCCACAAGACAGUAAAACGACAUAUGCUCACAAAUGUUUUGGGACCAACUGCCCAGAGGCGACAUCGUCUCCACAGAGACAUCUUGAUAGAAUACACUAUGGACCAACUGUAUGCUUUUUUGAAGAGCAGUCCUCUUGGAGCCGUAACUCUUAGGAAAAUAAUCGAGCCUGAAAUUUUUGGAUUAGCACUGAAGCAAGCACUGGGAAAGGAUGUGAAAUCCAUUCAAGUGGAGGAACUUGGAACCACUUUGUCAAGAGAGGAACUAUUUAAGGUUUUAAUAACCGACCCAAUGGAGGGCUCUAUUGAUGUGGACUGGAGAGAUUUCUUCCCCUAUAUGCAAUGGGUUCCAAAUAAAAGCUUUGAAGAAAAAAUCCAGCAAAUGAAAUUUCGGAGGCAAACGGCAAUGCAGGCCCUAAUAAAGGAGCAGAUGAAACGAAUUUCAUCGGGAGAGGUACCUUUGAGUAUGCUAAUUGAAGUGCUCGUACAUUCGUCAUAA